AUGGUAAACACCUACAAUGAGCUUGAGGCUCGACCAAAAUUCCAUACUUGCAAUGUUCAAGCCAUUGUUAAUACUUUGCAGCAACGUCUCGAAGCCCGCUUCAACGAAACCUUUGAAACAGUGGCUUCCUAUGACGAUUUUGCGCAAAAAGUCCACUUCCGCGGUGAUCUCAUCUGUAAAGUGGAGACAAACGGAAGAUAUCUGCUAGCUUACGUGGCUGCUCGUGGUGUUCAAGAGCCUCAGCUUCCACCUCUAGGAGACUUGGUCCGGCUGGGACCUGUGACCGAAGAACAACAUAACUUCAGCAAAGUUAGAUCGAUUCGAGUCUGA